AUGGGGGCAAUCUCUGGAAGUCCCCUGAGGGAUGAACAGAAGGAUGGGAGAGUAAUCGGAGGCCAUGAGGCCCCGCGAAACAUCUGGAAGUGGCAGGUAUCACUUCAGAUUGCCUAUCCUGACUACCCGGGGUACUACUCACACAUUUGUGGUGGAACCCUUAUCAGCAGCAACUGGGUGAUGACUGCAGCCCAUUGCCUCAGCAUGCCAGAAGGCUCAAGCUACCGAGUGGCUCUGGGUGAGCACAGUCUCGUGGAGGAGGAUGGCACUGAGUACUACAUUGGUGUGGAAAGAGCCUUCAUUCAUGAAGGCUGGAAUCCCAAUAACAUUGCCAAUGGCUAUGACAUUGCCCUGCUGCACCUCGAGUCUUCUGCCUAUGACAAUGGGUUCGUUGAGCUGGCACUGCUGCCGCCUGAAGGAGAAACGUUGCCCAAUGACUAUCCCUGCUACCUUACUGGAUGGGGCUUGGUUAGCGCGAACGGUGACAGCGCAGACAGACUGCAGGAGGUGAUGAUGCCAGUGGUGGACCGUCAGAUCUGUUCCCAGGAUGACUGGUGGGGAUCUCAAGUAAAAGUCACUAUGAUCUGUGCAGGUGGAGACGGCGUGAAGUCUGGAUGCAGUGGGGACUCCGGGGGCCCUCUCAGCUGCUUCAAAGACAAUCACUGGCAAGUCCAUGGGGUUGUCAGCUUUGGGCUAGUUCCUUACUGUAACACCUACAAGAAGCCAACAGUCUUCACACGUGUGUCAGCCUACGUGGACUGGAUCCACAGCACUAUAAAGAGUAACGGGGGUUUCUAGAGAAGGACCAACUGGUGCAUGAAUAUGAGAAGAGCUAGAACGAAGUAUCUCUGCUCAUUAACCCUCUGCUCAUCCCUUCUAUACCUCUUCGGGGUAUGAAUAGCCAGGUCUGGCUAAGAGUGCA